AUGUCGGACCUCGUUUUCCUGCAAGGAAAGAAUAUUAACCCAACCCUUUACUCCCUUUUUUCCGCUUUGAAAUUUAUAAAAUUGUAUAACCCCCUGGUAAUAGUUCUUUUCCACUUUGUACUUCUGUCCUAUGCGAAAACGUACAACAAGAAAAUAAUUAAGCUGGCCUUUUCCCUCACGUACCUUUGCGCGUACAUGAGUAUGUAUGUCUUUGUUCGGCCUGACUUGACCAAGUUUCGAACGCUUAAUGGCUACAUAACCAAACAAAUACAGAUUAAGUAA